AUGGACUUCACCUCGAUGGAACCCCAGACAGCUAAGGUUGCCAUACAGCUGCAGCUAGCCGAUCUAGCCGAUCUACUCGACAGUCUCUACAACGACAAUGAAGUCCCGGAAGGUGAUGAACGCGCCAGUAUCGAGAUGAUUCAGCGCGACUUGACACACCAGCUGUCGCUACUAGAAGGGCAGGUUCUUGUCAUCAAGAUACUCAAGGAUGAGUACAACGAACGCGUUGCAUUCAAUAAGCUCUUGGAUGACGAGAGGCAGGCAGUCAGCGACCAUCAACUAGCCAUGAGCUUGGCUGGCAUUCCAGUUGGCCCAGCAGAUGCUGCGUUCAGUGCUAACUACGAAGCUCAACUUCGUGAAGCGGAAGACAAUGACCAGGAUGAGCAAUGGGAGAUGGCAAAAGAUCUUUACGCUUCCGCAUUUGGAGCAGCUGACGAAGACAGUAUUCAGCACGCACCUGAAGGAGGGCCUAUUCAGCCUGUUGUCGCAAAUCGCCCGCUUCUGCGUGGUGUUCGUACAGCUCCGUCUAAGCAGACAAAGGGCGAUACCAACUCCAAGAUCUUAGGCUCUGACGCUUUCACGAAGUGCAAUGCUUGUAUGGAGAUCGUGCCGAGCAAGAAUGUCCUUCGCCUUCAGUGUGCCCCGGAGCUGCACAGCUAUUGUCGCACGUGUCUCUUGGAUCUGUUCACCAGUGCCAUUGAAAAUCCUACACUAUUCCCGCCGCGAUGCUGCAGGGUAGUGAUACCUCUCGACACCUGCCGCACCAUGCUCCCCCGGGAGAUGGUGAAGAAGUUCGAUCUCAAGGUUGAUGAACUCGCGACUCCCAACCCUACGUACUGCGCCAACGCCGGUUGCUCCAAGUUCAUUCGGCCUAAAGACAUCACAAAUGGAAUUGGUGUCUGCGUCUUUUGCAAGCACAAGACCUGCGCACAGUGUAAGAGCCAGGAGCAUACUGGUCUAUGUCCUAGCGACCCGCAUGUACAGCUUCUCAUGGAUGCUGCAAAGCGGAGUAAGUGGCAGCAAUGCACGAGGUGCAACAACAUGGUAGAGCUCGCUCACGGAUGUUUCCACAUGACGUACGUACCCACAAACAAGAAAUAG